UACCACGACCUCCCAAGAAUUUCUUAAAUCUGUUCUUGUUACUACGCGCUCCACCACCCUUAAAUCUGUUCUUCCUACUAUGAUAUGCGCACCUCACCCUACCAGCAAAGCCGCUCUGCUCUCUCCCUUCACCUUCUGCUUCAGGUGUUCCUCCAUAGACACACCCAUCACUCCUUCUCUAGCCAUCCGUUCCCCUUACCCUCACUCGAGUACUCUCUGAUCCAACUACCCUAGUGAACUGAGUGGCUACCUGCUGGUGCUUCAUCGAUUUGGGUCUACAGUUACGCUUCAAAGAAAGGUGUUUCUGAUAUUACCACUUUGGACACUUUCAGUGAAGUACUACUGCCAUAAUAGAGAGAUGGACCAUAUGGAUGACAGUAUAAUACCUGAUGAUCUGAUUGUGGAAAUCCUCUCCAGGCUGCCCCUCAAGUCUUUUUGCCGCUUCAAAUGUGUAUGCAAACCAUGGCUUGCCUUCUCCUCUGAUCCAAACUACCGUGAGAAGUUGCCGAAAAUCCCCACGGGAAUUUUUUGCCAGUACCAAGAUUUCAAUAAGAAGGCCACCAAGCUUCUUGGCCAGCCCCGAAACGUUGAGCAAAUUGAUGGAGCACUUAGUUUCUUGCGAGACUAUCCGCAACUGGAACUUAUGGAUUGCUGCAAUGGCCUAGUGCUUUGCAUGCACAGGAGCAUGGAUUGGAGCAGACGCACAAUUACUUACCACUUCAUUGUGUGCAACCCAGCAACACGAGAGUGGACGAGGCUUCCCGAUACUCGUCCUUACCAAGAACACGAUGUUUGUGAAGCUAUGUUGGCUUUCAACCCAUCAUGUUCCCCACAGUUCUACGUCUUCAACUUUAAACGGCAUCCUUUAUCUUCAUUCUUGAGUGGACUUGAGGUGUUUUCAUCCAACCUUUCCACAUGGCUCAUAUAUGAUGCAUGGUGGAAUUCUGGGAUACGCACUGUUAUUGGCUACCCACACUUGUUCAUAGAUGGUUCACUGUAUCUAUUUAGUAUGAGGCAGAACUCAAUGAAAAGAAUCUUGGAAUUGAACGGCUUUGAGGCAAUGACUUCUCGUAUACCGCCUAAUCGCCAGACUAUUAAGUUGCCCCAUGACCUUUCCCUUGAGCCUCCGAUUGGCCUUCGUAUGGGUAUGUCCACCCGAGGUUACUUCAGCAAAUCUCCAAGGGCCAUGCACUAUGCAUUGCCAGAGCCAGAUGGGCUUGCAAUUCGGAUCUGGAGUCUUGAUGUUUCAAGGCCUUACAAGUGGACUAUGAAGUGCCUUAGCAUGAGCGAUGCAUUCGGAAGGGACGACCUUGCUCACUAUGACCCGAGUCAACAGUGUUGGAACUGUGUCUAUGAGAUUGUCGCUCUCGACUUGGAGAGAGAGGUUGUCUUCCUCCUUGACAGUCGGGCAAACAAGCUUCGUUCAUACGCCAUCAGAAAUGGGGAACUUCAUGAACUCGAUGAAAUUGAACAAGAUCAUGAGGAUGUCUACGAAAAGUUCUACCACUAUGUGGCGUGCUACUCAAAGCUUCCAGCUUUUGUGUCUUUACCUCACCCACAGUUGUUGGAAGCGAACAGGCUUGAUCGGCGGACAUGGCGGUCGAAAUUGCUUGCAAUCGUUGGAAAAUCAAGCUGGAGAUAAUUUGUAUGUCUUCAUUUUGGAGAGUAAUAGUGUUGGAAGGAACCGGGCCUAGUCUAGAAAUGAUAUUAAAAAGGUCUUCUAUAUUUUCCUUUUGUUCCAUUGUGUUAUUUUGUAAGGGUCUGAAGUAACACUGUCUGAAUACAGAAAAUUCCCUAGUUUCACUGUAAUGCCGUGCAAUUCACGUAGAACAAGCUUUUUUUUUUCAGUUCACCAAGCUAAGGAUGUUUGUGCUCGGUGCAAAGAAAGAAUGAUAUAUUUUAUAU